AUGGCCCAAAAGAGGUCACUAGGAGCACUGGACAGAACGUUGAAAAAUAUUCGUGACAACCAAAAUAUUUUUGGUGGAGUCAUGAUUCUGUUGGCAAGUGAUUUUAGUCAGAUUAUUCUAGUUAAUCCUCGAUCAACUGUUGCUGAUGAACUAAAUGCAUGCCUAAAAUCAUCGAAUUUGUGGCAGUAUGUGUUAAUUUUUAUGUUUUAUUUUAAAACAUUAUGA